AUGCCCCACUCUCAUUCCCCAUCCCCUAUCCCAUUCUACCAGUCCAACGCCAUGUCGCCUACGACGACGAAGCGCUUACGCUCAUGCCUCUCUCCAACACGGACGAGAUGCAGCUCGCCAGCGCUCUAUCCCAACACUGGGUCGGGCAAAUUUGAAGCUGCCGGUGGAAGAGGGGUUGGGGAACAGGGUGGGAAGAGGAUCAAGACUGUUAGGUGGCAGGAGUUGAACGGGUGUGCUGUCGCUUCCUUCCACGAUACCUAUUCGCACGAAGAGUACGACCGCACUCCGCUCGAACCCCCUGCGCCCGAAGAGCGCGAAUGUGUUCUUCCUGAACGCGGCUCUCGAUGCCUCUCCGCCAUCUUUUCCAACCCCACUUCCUUCUACUCUGCCCCUACCAUGUACGACGACGACGAGGAAGAAGAGGAGGACGAUGAUCUUCGGGCAUGUUCCUCCGAUCUGGACUCGUUCAUGCUCCAAACGCCGCCUAGUACGGAGGUCAAUUCCGAGGACGGUGAUCCUUCCGAUCGUGACGAGGAAGGAGAAGAGGAGCAGGAUGGAUGGGAUUCGUGUAUGCAGAGAAGACGGAUGAUGUUUUCCCGUCUGUGUGGGCGAGGAGGAGCAGAGGGAGAGAGGUAUCCCGAGUUUGAGGGGUACAAGUCGUUAUCUGCCACGCUCGUGCAGUUGCUGCAGAGUGUCGGGUGUGAUGAUGGCGAUGCCACCGAAGCUGCUCGUGGCGAGAACGAAGAAGAGGAGGAUGACGAAGAGGAAGAGGAAGAGGAAGAGCGGGGUAGAGAUAAAGGUCUUAAUAUUUUUGGUCUUUCUUCACUUCCUCCUCGCCAAGAAGAGGCUAUCGAGACUGGCACCCCAUCGCUCGUGUCCACUGAGGAAGCCGAGAGCGAGAUUGAGUGGAGCAUACGAAGCCCCGAUGGCGGCUCGUGCGGCCGCGGCUUCCCCGUGACAUUGGGAAGGCCGAUAAGAGGGGAGAGCUUGGACUUCGUCUCUGGCGUAGAGGGCGGAGAUGCGGACAAGGUCCAGAUGGCGUCCGCGUACGAGGGGGAGAGAUGGAGAGGGGGCGAGCGACUAGACAUUUAA